UGUCUGCUCUCUCUUAGGAAAACAACCCAAAAUCUAGGGUUUUUGUCUGGAAAAAUCGAUUUUUUCUUUAUUUUUUAAUCAAUGGAGAAUUCAGGAACCGAAUCGCAACCAAGCGAAGGAUCGACGCCAGAUUUGGCCGAUGGGGAGUAUCUUCAAAAGGAAAAAUAAAAAAUUCUAAAGCACUGAGGGGUCGUUUGGAUGCCUGUAAAAUGGACUAGUGGGAAAUGAAAUACAGGAACAUAAAAAAAUGGAGAAAAAUGGAGAAACAUCAUCAAUUCAGCAUACGAGGCGGCCGAACCUCUCCUCAUUACAGAUACCUGAAAGGUCUAUGGAAACUCCGUGCCCGAGUUCAACAAGGAUUAACAUUCCUUCCAUAAUCAGUCCUAGUUCCACAAGAGCUGGCUUGCCUCCACGGCCAAGUUCAGCAAAAGGCAGAUCAUCUAUGAGACAUCUGCUUUCGCAGCGGAGCUUUAAGACUAAAGCUUCAGUUCCUGAAUGUGAAAAAACUGUUCUACUCAUCCCAGGGAUGCCCACUUCAGAAGAACUACAGGAUAAACCCUCUACUUCAAGAUCAUUUUCUCUGACCAGGGUCUUUUCUGCUGCGACAACAAAAAGAACCCACUCUUUACCGGUUACACCGGUUGCAAAUUCAGGUCCUGAGUCUGUACAGGAAAGAGAUGUGGUGGAUCACUUUGAUUCAAUUAAACCAGAAGUUCAGCAUCAUAUAACACGUUCACUGUCGGUUCCGGUGAAUGUCAAAAACAGAAGUUUAAGGCGGAUGGAUUCUUUAGGAGGCUUAAUGCGAGUAAUCCCAGCAACCCCUCGUCCUCCAAUGGUUGAUGGUACUAUCCCAAAUGAUGCCCCAACUACAGAUAUAGCAACUGAAGAUUCUGGUGAAGAUAUUCCUGAAGAAGAUGCAGUUUGCAGAAUCUGUUUAAUUGAGCUUGGGGAAGGCGGUGAGACUCUUAAAAUGGAAUGUAGCUGCAAAGGUGAACUUGCACUUGCACACCAAGAAUGUGCGGUGAAAUGGUUCAGCAUUAAGGGUAACAAGACCUGUGAUGUUUGCAAGCAAGACGUUCAAAACCUACCUGUAACCUUAUUGAGAAUACAGAAUCCUCAGACCGUUAAUAGACACUCAGCAAGCGUACCUCAGCAAAGGGAAAUAUCUCGCUACAGGGUCUGGCAGGAUGUGCCAGUUCUCGUCAUGGUCAGCAUGCUUGCCUAUUUCUGCUUUCUGGAGCAACUUUUGGUUGGUAAUUUGCGGUCCCGUGCUCUGGCUAUUUCUUUGCCCUUCUCAUGUGUUUUGGGUCUCCUCUCAUCCAUGAUUGCUUCCACAAUGGUGAGCAAGAGUUAUAUCUGGGCCUACGCAUCAUUCCAGUUUGCAAUUGUUAUUAUGUUUGCUCAUAUCUUUUACACAAUACUCAACGUGAAUCCCAUUCUCUCGGUCCUUCUCUCCUCGUUCACUGGGUUUGGGAUCGCAAUCAGCACAAACUCCUUGCUUGUGGAGUACUUGAGAUGGCGGAUGAGGCGGAAUUUGAUGUCUGCAUAUCGCCGAAAUGAUAGAGGCGGACAGAGGCAAGAACAAGCAAGUGAAAAUCUUGGAGAUGCAGGGCCCGGGGCUACCGCUGAGCAGCAAGAAACCAGGAGUGAGAAUGUGAAUCCUUGACAUGGAUAAAAUAAUUCCGUGAUGCAAUUUUCAGGUCCCAAAUUCAUGGACCCAAGAGAACCCAUUGUUGCUGCCUUGUUUGUGUUUGUGUUUGUUUUAAUGGUGUGGAAGAAGGGAGCCCAAUAAGACAAGAAAAAAUGAUUCGGAAUAGUGAUACAAGUGGCAGAAGGCACCUGUGUAGGAUGAAUCCAAGUUUUGUACUUUUCAGGGCCCACCAUUUGGAUGAUCUGAUCAAGGAUCAUGUUGGUCAACUCUCAGAUUAUCUACCUGAUGUGCCCUACCUCACACUUGGAUGCCCCUUCAUGUGACCUGGUUUGAACUCUCGUCUUGGUGCGUGGAGGGGUGUGCGGCUAGCAAAACUGUAACACAAAAGGUUAAGUUUUUUAAAAGCCACUGCCAAAUCAUACGUCUGUUGUUAUUUGUUUGAUGAAUAGAUGAGAUAUUCUAUGAAUAGGGUUUUGCAGAUGAAAUUAAGCUGCAAUGUAUAUCUAAAUGAAAGUGAUUUUACUUGGAUGUAAUCAUAAAAUGCCCUUCCUGGCCUGUUGUUUGA